CAACAGGAGGGCCUUCCAAAACUACCAUCAUGUGGAYGUCACCACAACUGAGGAGUGAUGAUGCAAAGACUCUUGAAUUGGGAGGCACUAUGGCCGGUAAGGUGAAGUGGGUGACAGAUAUUGAGAAAUCAGUGCUCAUCAAUAACUUUGAAAAAAGGGACUGGAUUCAAGUAACAGAAACUGAGGACUGGAAUUUUUACUGGAUGAGCAUCCAGACCAUCAGGAAUGUGUUCAGCGUGGACACCGGCUACCGCCUGUCUGAUGAGCAGAUGGUUAACCACUUCCCCAACCACUACGAGCUGACCAGGAAGGACCUGAUGAUCAAGAACAUCAAACGCUACCGCAAGGAACUGGAAAAGGAAAGCAGUCCUCUUGCAGAGAAGGACGAGAACGGGAAAUACAUUUAUUUAGAUUUUGUCCCUGUCACGUUCAUGCUUCCGGCCGAUUAUAAUUUGUUUGUGGAGGAGUUUCGUAAAAACCCAUCCAGCACCUGGAUCAUGAAGCCCUGCGGGAAGGCCCAGGGCAAAGGCAUCUUCCUCAUCAACAAGCUGUCUCAGAUUAAAAAGUGGUCGAGGGACAGCCGCACCUCAACGUUUGUGGCAGCGUCCAGUGGGAAAGAGGCGUACGUCAUCUCUCUGUACAUUGACAAUCCUCUGCUGAUAGGAGGGAAGAAGUUCGACCUGCGYCUCUAUGUUCUGGUGACAACGUACCGGCCCCUGAAAUGUUACAUACUUUAUAUGUUGGUCUUCUGCAGAUUCUGCACAGUAAAGUACACACCCAGCACCAGCGAACUGGACAACAUGUUUGUUCACCUCACUAACGUGGCCAUCCAGAAACACGGAGACGACUACAACCACGUCCACGGAGGCAAGUGGACGGUCAGCAACCUGCGUUUGUACCUGGAGAGCACCAGAGGAAAGGAGGUGACGAACCGACUCUUUGACCAGAUCAACUGGAUUGUGGUGCAGUCGCUGAAGGCCGUCGCACCCGUGAUGAACAACGACAAGCACUGUUUUGAGUGCUACGGGUAUGACAUCAUUAUCGAUGACAAGCUGAAGCCGUGGCUUAUCGAGGUCAAUGCCUCGCCGUCGCUGACCUCCAGCACGGCAAACGACCGCAUCCUCAAAUACAACCUGAUCAACGACACGCUGAACAUCGUUGCGCCCAACGGGGAGAUCCCAGACUGCCGCUGGAACCGCACUCCGCCCAGAGAGGCCCUGGGCAACUACGAAGUCCUGUACGACGAGGAGCAGGCGCAGAGCGAGAACGCCGAGCGGGACCUGCGGAGCCGCUCGGGUCAGCCGCCGGGAUCCAAGGGCGCCAAGGGGAGCGCUGGCGUUCGCUCUGCGGCGGCCACGUGGAAGUGAAGCGGAACUGGCGAUGUCCUCCUGAGGGUUCGAACCUCGGGGAACGAGGAGUGAAACGUGAACCACACACAUUGUGUUUUGACCCCACUGACGGACAACUUUCUCCUUUACUUUUACUGACUGUGGCACAAAACAAAMGACGGUUUAUGGUUCUUGGUUGACACCACAAAGGUGCUAUCAAAAGGACGAUAUKUGUGAGGAUUAGAAAAACGAUAAGAGCACUAACCCAAAACCAGGGAAGUUGAUYGUUUGCAAGCAGAGCCAGCAGGAUGAAACGCCUUCGCUUCAUGUUUUUAAAUUAUAGCCAUGCUGAGGCUAACAAACAUGGAUUGUAUACAGUAUUGGAAAAACCUAUUUUAUUUAUGUCUCAAGUAUUUAUUUAUGUAUUUAUUUAUUUUAAUGCAAACUUAUUCUUUCUCCUAUUUUCUCAUCUUAAAUCUUAAAGAUGAAUGUGUUUGGAGGGAACUUUUAUGUACCUUUGCUGUUUGUUUCCUCCAGUUAUUGAUGUAUUUAAGCAGUUUUUAUGAGUAAAAAGCAACUUUUUAAUACUCUCACUUAGGGCUGAAUGGUAUUGAGACCCAUAAAUAUAUAAUACUAAGUUGUGGUAUUUGAAAACAAAAGCUACAUGUUGUGUUUAUCUUUAAUUUUCUCUUUUCUAUUUAUUAUUGUGGUAUUGGUGUUGUCUAGGAAUGAAGAAAGAAAUUUUUUUGGAGAAAAGUAUUAAUUCUUUUAUAGGCAUGGAUAAAAUUACAGUUAAACUAGAGUUAUAAGCCAUUUGUUGCAGCUCUGCCUGUGUCAUAUCAUUUGACAUAAAAUCCCUAAACGAAAGAAAAACUGCUGAAAAAUAAUAGCUUUCUGUAACUCUAUAAGGAUUAAAACGAGCUGUUGGUUCUGACUCGGUUUCAUCCAGUCCUGCCUUAACAAAGAAACCCAUUUGAUGUAUGGAGUUAAGUUACUAGAAGAUGCUUGAUGUUUGUUAAAACAAACAUUGUCUAACUAAUUUUUCUAACGUUUUUACAUGUUUUCGACUUAUUAUUUUAAAACGACCUACUUCUUGUUUCACUGAUAGCAUUAAAUGUCUUUAAUGAAUGAAUCUGAAUAAGAGUUUAGUCUCUCUAAAGGCAAUUUACCGUCAUUUUCUUCUGCACUCUUUGACAAUAAAAGCUUGAUUCCACUUUAGUCUCACGCCAACACUUUUUAUUUCCUCCUUGUUGUUAACGGCAGAGUUUCAAGACGUCCACCUGUGUGGCUAAACUUGGUGAGAAACUGGAACCGAGUAUCUGUUGGUUGGAAUUAAWCUCGUUAAAGACCGCUUCUCUUCACUUUGCAGCUGUGAGUCUCAUCCUGUACGUGAGUUUCCAGGAGAUUAAAAAUAGACGAGUGUAAAAAAAGCAGAUGUGAGGAUUUGUUGUAAGUAAGAUACAGAUUAYACCUUUUCUUUAGACAAAUGUGGUCAAAACUGAAAUCUGAAAAGUGUGGCGUGUAUUCAGCACCUUUGAGUGAAUGCUGGUGUGUUCCACGUGUUUUACGGCUAUUUGAUCAGUGUUCUGUAACAAACCUCAAACCUUCACAAAAAAGCUGGAUUAAAGAGAUUAAAUUACUCAGAGGUGGACUCUGGAGGCAACUGGCUACACUGGAUUUUAGUUGGAGUAAAGGGGACUGAAUACGGAUCUUUAUUUAUUAUUUUCUGUCCACUUUACAGUUAAUUUGUGUUGUCACUUGAAUCCCAGUGAAUGCUGAAGUUUGUGGUUGUAAUGUGACAUGGAAAAAGAGGUAUAAAUGUUGUUUAUGUUUAUUCCUUACA